AUGAGUUUGCCUCAGCUUCCUGCCCCGCAUCACACUUGGAGGUUUCCCGUGACUGCUUUGCCUAAGAACAAUAUAUCCAAGGGCGAGAGCUUCGAAGACAUAUGGGAUAUUAUGGCCUGGUCCAGCCAGCAGCUUUUGUUGGGAACCAUGCCUAGGCAUGGCCACGACGGCCAACCUUUCGCAGAGGCAUGGCGGAAUAAGCACGCCGGCCGUGAGAUCGCACAUAGAUGCAUCCUUGCAGAGCUCCGGGCCGAUUGGAAAUGCUUGGCUGAAGUUUUUGGCCUGCCGCACUGGGGAGCCAAGACUGGCAUCUGCAUGAGAUGCAGUGCCGAUUUGACGAAUUACAAGGAUUUCUCUGAAAAUGCACCCUGGAUGCUGGAAAGAUAUGGGCAUUGGGAUUUUUUGCAGAGGCAGCUGAACGAGGCAAGGCUCAUCUCCACGAUUUUCCGCUGCCCUUUCUUUUCAACGACUUGCUUCAAGAUGGAUUGGCUGCACAUCAUGGACUUGGGCUGUGCCCAAGAUUGCUUAGGAAACCUAUUCUGGUAUGUGCUUCCCAGACUGGGAAACAACCAGAAAGUUCAGGUGGCCACACUUUUUCUGGAGAUAAAGAAAUUCUAUCGGGAGAAUUCCAUUCAGGAUUGCAUCGGCAAGCUAACCCUGGGAAUGAUCAAGAAACCCGACAAGUCAAAACCGAAGAUGAACUUGAGAGCAGCAGAGACGAGGGCCAUGAUUCCGUUUGCAUGGAAAAUCGCAGACAAGAUGCUGGACCCGCAGGAUGUUUUCGAGUCGUCCAUACGCUGGGUGAUCAAGUAUCUCGUGGACUGCUACGAUUGCUUGUCAGCCUUGAAGUGGGAGCGAAAUUACUUCAGAGAAUGUUGCUUUGCCUUCCUACGUCAGUAUUCGGUCUUGGAAACAAUGGCCGACGAAGGCAAAUGGGUCAUGAAGCCCAAGUUUCACAUGCUUGCAGAGAUUGCUUUGAAAGGCGACAAACCCUCUGACAACUGGGUGUACAGGUACAGGGAUGAAGAGGCAGGCGGAACCAUGGCACGGGUGGCACAUGCCAAAGGUGGCCCUGUCAACCAGUGGUCGAUUUCUUUUCGGGCGCUGAACAAAUUCAGUGCUGAGUUCUCGGUGCCACACUUCGACUGA